AUGCAUAACCCCCAUAACCCCACCGCCCACGAAUCCGAUCCGCAGCUACCACUAAUCAGAAUCCACCACCCGUCCUCCCCUCGCCACCAGUCACCCGCCACACCCACUCCCACCGCCGGCGCCCGUCGUAAAAUUGGUGUAGCCGUUGACCUCUCCGACGAGAGCGCGUACGCUGUACGCUGGGCAGUACAACACUACAUCCGUCCCGGUGACGCCGUCAUCCUCCUCCACGUCAGCCCUACCAACGUCCUCUUCGGGGCUGAUUGGGGUUCCAUCGAUCUCACCAUUAACACCGACCCUAUUUCCGAAGAAGAAAACAUCAACGACGUCAACAACAACAAGAACAACAAUCUUAAUGAAACCCCGACACCAAAGCGGAAGCUUGUAGAAGAUUAUGACGCGUUCACGGCAACGAAAUCAGCCGAUCUUGCAAAACCGCUCCGAGAAGCUCAGAUUCCGUACAAGAUCCACAUCGUGAAGGAUCAUGACAUGAAGGAGCGUCUUUGUCUUGAGGUUGAGCGUCUUGGUCUUAGUGCUGUUAUUAUGGGGAGCCGCGGAUUUGGUGCGGCGCGUCGCGGUAGUGACGGGAAGCUUGGAAGUGUUAGUGAUUACUGCGUUCAUCAUUGUGUUUGCCCUGUUGUGGUUGUUCGCUAUCCGGAUGAUAAAGAUGCAGCAGAGGCUGUUGUUGCUGUCAAAGAGGGUGAUGAGGGUGAAGCUGUUAUCAAGCCUCUUUCUGUUGCGGAUGAACAUAAGAAAGGUUUGUCAUUUGAUUCACGUGAUCUUGGAAAUGCAUCCAUUUGA